AUGUGCAGCCGCGCUCCCUCGUGCCCCUUCAUAUUUUCUGAGCCCCUUCCCCCCUUCUCCCCUCCCCCUCCCCCUCCCUUCUCUUCUUCCCCCCCCUCUCCUCCCUCGCUUAGUCUCCAUGCUCUCUCACUUUCCUCCCCUUCCUCACGUGCUCUCCGUCCUUUCUUACUCUCCCCUCCUCCACUGACCUGUUUUGCAUGCGUUCUCACGCCCUCCCCUCCCCCUCACAUGCUCUGGGGGUUGCACGGACCAUGGCGGGCUGGAGCUGUGGGAGGGGCGAUUAUGCAUGGUGGACCUCUUCAGGAAGAGGCUGGGGGGAGGAGUGAAUACUUCUGCGUGCUGGAGCUGUGGGAAAGGCAGCC